AUGGCUGCUCGCGUAUUACGCAAGUUUUGUUCUCCAACAACUCUUUCACCUUUGAAACAUUAUUUCAGUUUAUGUCCAAGAAAUACAUCUUUAUUUGUAACAAGAAAUGUCUGUAUACGAAUGGCCAGUACAUCCACGUCAAAGGCGAAGGAGAAAAAGGAUGUGUAAGUCAAAGUUCAUACCUGUAGAUUCUUUAUUUUCAUAUUAUGUCCAUUGUUCGUCCCUUAAGGGAACCAAACAAAUGCAAAUCUAAGCCAGUUUUCACCAUCAUUUCUCAGAGAACGGUCUCUCCGCAGUUGUUUACAACAUUAAAUAAGGUUUUUAUCAUAGUUGCAAUCAAAAUCUAAUUAGUUUACUCACUUGUCUAUCGUAAAAUAUGUUCGUAAUAUUCGAAGUCAAGGUUCCUCGAUGACAAACUUAUUUAUCUGUACAGCCACAAGAAAUAGACAUUUGACAUAUUAAAAAUAGGUCCGCACUUCGUACUUGUAUCUAGUGCAAAAUGGAAAUGAACAUGUUAUUAGAUAAUAACAUGCUUACACUGGUGUACUGCACUUCAAAUUUAUUCAGAAAAUAUGCUGGAUAGAUGUAACUGGGUGCAUAGUUGUACCUAAAUGCAGUCGUUUUUAAGGAAAUUGUUUGAUAGUCUAUCUAAUAAUUAUGCUAUGAGUUUUGAGUUUUUGAAGCAAAUUGAUCCAUGAUAGAGUUUGUCAACCAAUAAGAAGCAAAACUGAAACCAAUUAUGACUACCAAACAGGAUUUUUUUUAAUAUUUAAGCAACAGCAAAUACAAUUUUGGUAUUAAACCAGUUUUUUGGAAAUUUUGGUGCAAAAAAAACAAACAUAUUUCAGCACAAGGGUUUCUAUAAAAUAUUUAAUUCUCAUGCAAAACAAAGAUAGAUUCAAUUUGGGUACAAUUUGUGAGGAAUUAUGAUCAUAUUGGGGCAUUACCAUAUUCGGCAUACAAAAUGAAAUGGAGAGUAAAUGAACACAAGGAAUUUUAAAAUUAAAUCAAAAGGAAUAUACAAAUUAUGCCAUGUGUUAGUUCCUGAGGGGUGGAUCGUCCUGCAGAAAGUAAGUAAAAUCUUGAAGUCUAUUAAAACACUGGCCAUGUAGUACUGAUCGUGUGUGGAUUAAAAGAAAAGUAACAAUGAAAAAAGUCUUAAAGUUGAUUAUGAAGGUGAAAUGGGAACAGGUAUGAUCAAAAGCCCUUUUUGAAUCAGUAACUUUGUGAACACUGGUUUGCUAAUAAAUAACCUUGCUGUGCUUCCUCAGUCCCUCUCUAAGACAUGGCAGUCUACAAGAUGCAUGGUAAUUUGGUAUUAUCAUCGAUAUUGACAAGGUAAAUUGGCCACCAUAAAGAGUUUUAAAGCUGAGGUUUUGAGCAUUAGCCUUUAAUCAGAGGAAAUGGAGGAAUUGUGGGUUGUGUGUGUGUUUAUAUGUGGAAAAUGGAGCUAUGUUCCAAUGGUGAGAACAUGGUACCAAAAAACCAGGGAAAAUUAGUUGAUUGAAAAGCAUUUGUUAAUACCAUGGGGAUUAAGAGUGCCGAUUUGAAAGGUAAAUUUUUGUUCUAGAUUUUUGUGUCUUUCUGAACUGCCUUGAAGCAGGGAAAGGUUGCAAACUGCCAAUUAUGCUGUUUGGAAUGGGUGAUUGCAGUGUCUAGCAACUAGUUUCGAUAUGUCCUUUAUUUCUUUCUAUGUCAUGAAGGUGUUCUCAGAAUCAGUGACACCUAGUUGUCUUCUUGUUUCACCAGUGUUAACUUUUUGCAUGGUUCUCUAUGACAAUAACCUUAAUUCUUGUCAGGUUGUCUUCUUCGAAUUCAAUUGGUCUGGAAUAUCCCUCUGUUUGCUCAAGGAGUUUCACUUACUAAAUAAGGAUUUCUGAUUCAACACAACAGAUAUUGGGACAAACACAUGUUGUUGCUACAUCACUGGUCAUGCAUUCUUGUCAUAUUUGUGUUGUGCAAUGAAUGCUUACUUCCUGUACCCUGUCAUGUACUAUAAACUUCACAGAAACCAUUACGGCAUUGUGUCAUUAUGUUAUUUGUUGUCCUUAAGUACUUAAACAAUCUCUUACCACUCCUGCAAAGUGUCUAGUUGCUGUGCACUUAGGACACAAAAAUCUUCUUGCCUGUGGUGCUGGUAUGCUCAAGUCUGAAAUGAAGCAAAUUAAAGCAAAAUAAACUUUUGUAGUAAAAACUACUUAUCCACAAGGAAAAACCUUGUCUGAAUUUACAUUAGUCUCAGUUUGUGAAGAGAGAUUAUUCCAUGCAAAGAGUGAUUGUUUUGAUGCAUCAUGACGAGUAAAUAAAAAUUGUUCAAGCUUUUUCCAGGGUAUGAUGUUUUUAUCCCGCACAUACUGAGGUUUUUCUUACUGACCGACAUAUUUCAUAGAUUGGAAGCCAUUUGUUGCCCUCCACUUUUAAGUACUAUUGUUUGUGUCUUUGACUGGAUGAACAAUGUAUCUUCACAGUCCUUUGUUUAAUAUGUGUGAAAUAAGUUAAAUAACGAUUUGAUUACAAUUAUUAAAUAUAACAAUAUGAUGAAAGUAGUAUGAUAAUAUAAUAUACUUACCUAAGCCCAAAUAUACUUACCUAAGCCCUCUGGGUUGAAAAAGAAAACAGCUGCUAAUUGUAAUGGGUAACAUGGAUCCUUUUGUGUUGUAUCAGCCUCACUUCUUGAGGAUUCACCUUAAGAGUUGUGUUCAUCAUGAUUUACUUGUACUUAUUGGUUUCUUGCAUCAACCAGAAGUUCUCAGUUUCAUCAUGCAGUGCAUUAUGUCCUGUUGGUAUGCUGUAUGUAAAACAAACAAAAAAGUAGUUAAUAUGGAAAUUUUGGCCAUUCAAUCUUUUUUAAGAACUCCUUGAGAAAAAGGAAAAAGGUUUUGAGUCCCUGAAAGGUUAAAAAAAUAAGAUAAAAUUACUUAAGCCCUUUAACCCCUUAGAGUGACUAGCAUCUCAUUUCUCCUUAUAAUAUCACCCUUGAAUUAAACAUUCUCAUAGAAAUAGGGGAAAUGAUCACCAACUAAAGCAGCUCUUAUUAAACAGUCUCCUUGUCAGCACCUUAGGAAAUGUAGAGGAAACAGUAAAGGAGAAAAUGUAUACUGAUGUUAGGGUGGAGAGGGUUUAGGGAGCUAGUUUUAGUUAAAAGUAUCAGAGGUUUUGAGACACCAAAGCUUCAAAAUAUGGAUUUAACAGUACACUCUGUUUCUUGAACUUUGGUAAUUCUGACCAUUUUUACCUCUUUUUCAGGGUGACAGUAAGUUUUAUUGAUAGAGAUGGAGACAAAAUGACUGUUAGUGCGAAAAUAGGAGAUAGUUUAUUGGAUGUGGCAAAAGACAAUGAUCUUGAUUUAGAAGGUAAGUAUGCAGAAUUCUGUCAUUUGAUAAACUUUAAAGAAAUGCCUUCUCUGUAUGUUCUUUUAAUUUGAAAGCCUUCUCUUCCAUUCCUUUUAAUUGUAUUUAAUACAAGUACAUGUGCCAUGAGGUUCAAAUGAGGCUGAAUUGGUUUCCUUUAAACUAUACUUUCUGACAAGCACUGUCCCUUUCCUGUUAAAUUAUCACUUCUUGGGUUGAAAAGGAUUCAUCACUUUUCCACUUGUCACUAAACCCUUUACACCUUGCCAUCAGGGUCUUGCUGUUCAAAUGGCAGACAACAGUAUCCAACAGAUAAACUGCUAUCCAGUGGAUAGGAGUUAACAAAAGUGUUGUGCUAUACACUGGACAUAGAUGUAUAUCCAGUGGAUAGCAUUAUUUUGAUCCUUCAAAAACUGAGUCCAGUUUGAAUAUUCUCCAUACUGUAUUAAUUACAUUUCCUAUGGUGUGGACAAAGAAAGUUUGUUUAACAAUCAAGAGCUUUUGUAGUUGUUGAUCAUUGAUUUUUCCUCUAUUCCUGUGACCUUAAUGUGUGGCUUGAUUCAGGGGUGAUAUUCAGUGUAAGGAGGAAAUUAGAUGCUAAUCUUUAUUAGGGGUUUAAAGGGUAUAGAUCUUGCUGAUUACUGAGUGUUUAUUGAUCAACCUAACAUUGGUCAGAAGUCCUGGUGGAGGGCAUUUUAUUGGGCCAUUUCUCUAUAAGGUGUCAGCUGCUUAAACUAGACAAAGCAGUAAACUACCACUCUUGAUCUGAAAUAAAUUUUUUUAUAUUAUUUUAAAUUUGAUUUUUUUGAAUGGCUGGCCACUAAAAAUAUAUCAUUCUGGAGAACACUUGAUGACUAUGCAGUGAUUUCAUUACAGGUGCUUGUGAAGGGACCCUGUCAUGUUCUACUUGUCAUUUGAUAUUUGAACCUGAAGAAAUGAAGACAUUGAACUUGGAUGACCCAUCAGAUGAGGAACUUGACAUGCUGGACUUAGCAUAUGGACUGGAAGACACGUAAGUUCACUGUUUCCCAGCCAUGUUUUGACUUAUGAAUAAAUGAGUAAGUUACUAAAGAAAUUACAAUGCUGCAUCAGUGGGGUAGUGUAACAAGGUAAUAUGGUAUCAUCAACUAAGUUGAGAACCUGAAUUGGCCACCGUUAAGAGUUCCUGAGGUGACAUUUCAAGCAUUAACUCUUUAUCAGAGCAAAUGACAAAGGGGUUACACUUGAAAUGUUAGUUGUGAAACUCUUUAAUAGUGGCUAAUUUAUGUUAUCAACUCAGUUGAUAACACCAAAUUAACAUAUUUUUAAGGGAGGUGAAGGUCAGAACAAUUUGAGAGAUGAAGUAAGAAGUAAAAAAUCCAAAAGAUUACAGUAAAUGUACAGCAGCUACUGUAAUUAAAUGUGGAUUAAACUAGAAGAACUUGAUUUUGUUACAAAGAAUUAAUACACAGCAGCUUCAAAAUAGUUGUGUGGUUUGGACAAUGGGACACUUCUGGGUUUUUGACCUUCUUUUAUGGGUAAAGUUUUUCAGAAAAUGUGCUAAAGGGAACUGAAAACUGCUGAGAGUUAGCACAAAGUGUGUAUUGUAGAAGGUUGGCAUUAUCCAGGGUAAAAUUUGUGGUGGAUGUUUAACAGAAAUCCAUGGGAAUGGAUUUGGUUCAAGCCAGUUGAAGGUUUGAGUUGGAAAGAGUUUGAGGUAUCAUGAGUCAAUAUAGCUAAAAAAUUAACAGUUCUCCAGUAGAGGAGGUAAUUAGACACAUGUAGACAAUUUGCAACUACUGUUAGUAGGAAAUGUUGAGGCUUUUGUGGCUUGAAUGAGUGAUCUGGGUACAGCUGACUCUAAUGACAUUUCAUUCAUUUCCCUCAGCAAAAUUUCUAUACUCAUUUGUUUGCAAUACUUUGUGUUGCCUUUUGUUUAUAUUGUUCAUUCAAGGAGUAUAAUUUUGCUUUCUACUUUUUUUAGGUCUCGUCUUGGCUGUCAGAUCAUUGUUACCAAGGCCUUUGAAGGAAUAACUUUGAGAGUGCCAAAAGCCCACAGAGAUGUCCGUGAUUUCUGACAGAAUCCAUCCACCUGAGAAAGAACUCUUCUGCUUUAUUGAAUAACAAUUUACAACUUAUACCUCUCUUACGUUGCACAAUUUGAAUCCAUUUUUACACAGUCUCAGGUACUUAGUAGACUUCUAGGUCUAUAUCCACCUCUACCUCCUUCAUGACUGUAAAAUUUUGUACUACACGGUUUUAAUUAUGAAAUGUAGUAACAGGAUGAUGUGAUGCAUUGCGGGUAUAUUCUCUACCAAGGCCUGAAUAAGUAACAAUUCAGAGCAUGGCGGUGGCCUCACAGUCAGUGCAGUGGACUCUGGGUCAAGAGGUCUCAUUUCGAGACCUUUAUUCUUAAACCCAUAAAGGUGACUAGCAUCUAAUUUCUUCUAACAAUAUCAGCCCAGAAUCACACAUUAAGGUCAUGAGAAUAAAGGAAGUAAUCACCAACUAAAGAAGCUCUUGAUUGUUCAACAAAUUCUCCUUGUUUAAGCACCGUGGGAAUCUAUGGAGAACAGUAUGGAGAAUAUGCAUACUGAUGUUAGGAUGUGAAGGGUUAAAGCUGGGUCUUUGUGUUGUGUUGUGCUGUGAAAACACUUCAGUUUCACAGUGCCUCUCUUCACCCAGGAGUAUAAAUGAGUACUGAUGAAUUGUCAGGAGAGCCUGAUGAAAAUAUUGGGGAUAAUCUUGUGUUUGACUGGCAUCCCAUACUAGGUGGGAGUUGUGAUACUCCUUGUUGUUACAUGCCAUGGAAAUGGGGAUAAGCACUGGCUGGAUGGGCCAUUGGGCUCAACUACAGACUGGCCAUCGAAAUUUAAGCAGAGGAUUCUACAUAGUAGUGGGAUAAUUCUCUGGUCUCCAUUGCUAAAUGAACACCAUGUGGAUGUACAAGCCAAAAUAUCCAUUAAGCAAGGUGUUACCUUUCAUCUUUACAAAGCUAUGCUAAAAUAAAGAAACCUUGACGC